UAGGAAGUGCCAGUCCCCUGCAGACUGUCUGUGCGUUUUAGGUGAUGGGAGGGGGAAAUUGAUGCUGAUGCAGGACAGCAACGCCAGCAAUACUUUGCGGUGAAACUCUGGAACAGCCGUCGCUGUUGUCGAUUGAGGAAACACAUAGCUGUACCAUUGGAUGAAUCUUACAUUUUUGGUCCUAUUUUCAAUCAUCUUUAAGUUAGCGAAUGUCAUGGAACCGGUUUGAUACUGACUGAAAUGGAUAGUCGCAAUUGAGUAGAUCUUUGUUGGAUAGCGCAAAUGGACGGCGUGUACUGACGCGCGAAUAACGGGUAUUAAGAAGAUACAUCAACAUUCAUGCAUCGCUGAAUUUUCUGUAAAGUUUAUUGGGAUAUCUGUCCGCAGGAUAGACUGAGAUGGCGGAUGCUGCUGCCGAGUGCGGUGUUAAAGUAAUGUGCCGAUUCAGGCCAUUAAAUGAAUCAGAAAUCAAUAGAGGGGAUAAAUACAUACCCAAAUUCAAGGAUGAUGACACCGUGGUCAUAACAGGGAAACCUUAUGUCUUUGACCGGGUCCUGCCACCCAACACCGCCCAGGAACAUGUGUAUGAUGCCUGUGCCAAACAGAUUGUCAAAGAUGUCCUGGGAGGAUACAACGGCACCAUCUUUGCCUAUGGGCAGACCUCCUCUGGGAAGACCCACACUAUGGAGGGCAAGCUACACGACCCCCAGCUGAUGGGGAUAAUCCCACGCAUCUCCCACGACAUCUUCGACCACAUCUACUCCAUGGACGAGAACCUGGAGUUUCACAUCAAGGUCUCGUAUUUUGAAAUCUACAUGGACAAAAUAAGAGACCUGCUGGACGUUUCCAAGACAAACCUGGCCGUGCAUGAGGACAAAAACAGAGUGCCGUACGUGAAGGGUUGCACAGAGCGGUUUGUCUCCAGCCCCGAAGAGGUGAUGGAUGUCAUCGAUGAGGGGAAAGCCAAUCGCCAUGUCGCUGUCACAAACAUGAAUGAGCACAGCUCCAGAAGCCACAGCAUCUUCUUGAUCAACAUCAAGCAGGAGAACGUGGAGACGGAGAAGAAGCUCUCUGGGAAGCUCUAUCUGGUGGACCUGGCAGGAAGUGAGAAGGUCAGUAAAACAGGAGCAGAGGGAGCUGUGCUGGACGAGGCUAAAAAUAUCAACAAGUCCCUGUCCGCCCUGGGCAACGUCAUCUCUGCGCUGGCCGAGGGGACUAAAACUCACGUGCCGUACCGGGACAGCAAGAUGACCCGCAUCCUCCAGGACUCUCUGGGAGGCAACUGCAGAACCACCAUCAUCAUCUGCUGCUCCCCCUCAGUCUACAACGAGUCCGAGACCAAAUCUACACUCCUGUUUGGACAGAGAGCUAAGACCAUAAAGAACACAGUGUGUGUGAAUCUGGAGCUGACAGCGGAGGAGUGGAAGAAGAAGUACGAGAAAGAGAAAGAGAAGAACAAGAAUCUGAGGAGCAUCAUCCAGCGCCUGGAGACAGAGCUGAACCGCUGGAGGAACGGUGAGAACGUACCUGAGAACGAGCAGCUGAGUUCCAAGGAGCAGAAGAGCUUUGAGACGUGUGAUAACACGCCCAUCAUUGAUAACAUCCCCCCUCCUCCUGUCACCCUGGUCUCCACGGAGGAGAAGAACAAGUAUGAGGAGGGGAUUCGCAUCCUCUACAAGCAGCUGGACGACAAGGAUGAUGAGAUUAACCAGCAGAGCCAGCUCUCUGAGAAACUCAAGGAACAGAUGCUCGACCAAGAUGAGGUGUUGGCGUCGACCCGGCGUGACUACGAUAAGAUCCAGGAGGAGCUGGGCCGCCUGCAGGUGGAGAACGAGGCGGCCAAGGAGGAGGUGAAGGAGGUGCUGCAGGCCCUGGAGGAGCUGGCCGUCAACUACGACCACAAGAGCCAGGAGGUGGAGGAGCGGAGCCUUGUGCACGAGCAGCUCACCGAGGAGCUCGUGCAGAAGACGGCGGUGCUGGGUGGUGUGCAGAAGGAGCUGAGUCAGCUUCAGGAGCUCAGCUGUCACCAGAGGAAGAGGGCGGCCGAGGUCCUCAACCUGCUGCUCAGGGAUCUCAGCGAGAUAGGAGGCAUCAUCGGCACCAACGACAUGAAGACGUCGGAGCCCAACGGCUCGCUGGAGGAGGAGUUCACCAUGGCGCGCCUGUACAUCAGUAAGAUGAAGUCCGAGGUCAAGUCACUGGUGAACCGCGGCAAGCAGCUGGAGACGGCGCAGGCCGACACCAACCGCAAGAUGCAGGCCAACGAGAAGGAGCUGGCCUCGUGCCAACUACUCAUCGCCCAGCACCAGGCCAAGAUCAAGUCUCUGACGGACUACAUGCAGAACAUGGAGGAGAAGAAGAGGCUUCUGGAGGAGAACCAGGACGCUCUCACGGAGGAGCUCGCCAAGCUACAAGACCAGGAUAAGAUGCAUGAGGACUCGGGGCUGGAGAAUGAGAAGGAGCACACGGACCGGCAGCAGGACGCAGGGGACACUAAGAAGAACAUGGGGGAGCAGAUAGAGACCCACAGAGACACCCACAUGAAGCAGCUGUCCCGCCUCAGAGACGAAGUGGCCGUCAAGCAGAGGAUGCUGGAUGAGCUAAAAGAUCUGAAUGAGAGCCUGCUGCUGGAGCAGAGGAAGCUCAUGGCUGACCACGAGAAGCUGAAGAUGGAGGAGCAGGAGAAAGAUCUGAAGCUGCAGCAGCUCGUCAUGAUCAAUGAGAAGCAGGAGGUGGCCAGGCAGGACCUGAAGGGUCUGGAGGAGACUGUGGCCAAAGAGCUGCAGACGCUGCAUAACCUGCGCAAGCUCUUCGUUCAGGACCUGACAAUGCGCGUGAAGAAGAGUGCAGAAAUGGACUGUGAGGAUGGAGGAGGCAAUGCUGCACAGAAACAGAAGAUCUCCUUCCUGGAGAACAACCUAGAACAGCUCACUAAAGUUCACAAGCAGCUGGUGCGUGAUAACGCAGACCUGCGCUGUGAGCUGCCCAAGCUGGAGAAGCGUCUGCGGGCCACGGCCGAGCGGGUCAAGGCCCUGGAGAACGCUCUGAAGGAGGCCAAGGAGAACGCCAUCCGCGACCGCAAGCGCUACCAGCUGGAGGUGGACCGCAUCAAGGAGCACGUCAGGGCCAAGAACAUGGCCAGGAGAGGACACUCGGCUCAGAUCGCCAAACCCAUCAGGGCGGGUCACCACCACUCCCCCACCCCCCUCUCCAUCAGGGGCGGCGGAACCGUGUACCACUACACCCACAGCAACUGAGCCCCACAGUACGUA